UCUUUGACUAAUGUUUUGAUUACUGUAUCAUCUGUUUUUAAGUUACAUAUGAAAAUAUACGUGAAGUAAUACAUAUAGCUGUCAUGAUUAUUGCACUUGUGUGAUACUUCUAUGAAAUUCCCAUGUGGACUGUCUCUGAGAACAUCAACUGAAUGACAAUCAUGGGUGACUGAGUACAUUUAUUUUCAUGUAUUGACAGCAAACCACAUUGAAAAUCUCCUGUUGAUAACUUCUCUAACCAGCUGAUGUGUCUCUGGCUGUGUGAGCCCAAUCAGUAAGGCACCAGGUGUUAUAAUUAUGAUGAGACAGGAAACGUGUUCAGAUCAAGACGUGACUCUCCACUGGUCACGACUUGAAUUCCAGCGCUUGUUGUUCUUGUUGCUCCUGUUUUUGUCUUUUUCAGACCAUGCUGGUGUCCGUCUGUUUUCUUUGGAGAUUAUUCCAUUGCAUACUGGGAGGCCCGACUCACCGAGCUACAAGGUCUGAAGAAAUAAACCCGGUAAAUGUAAAACAGGAUGGGAGUCUGCAGUCCUUCCACCGUCUGCCCAUGUUCCUGCACGCAUCAGGGCCGCUCAUUAGGCCGGGGCUGUUUCUGCCUGUACACCAGAAAACGAAGCUUCCCACCGGACUGCCUGCGCUGCUGUUACCGGCAACAAGUCAACCUCCGACCACCCGAGGGACAGGACACCGAGCUGUGGAGGUCUGGUGCGACAUCGAUGCGAUCUCCGUGCGCCUGGACCGCCUACAGCUGCGCACCUGGACUGAUCCAUCCCUCUUCAGACUGGGCUCAUGUGAAGCCACCAGCAUCAGCCCCAGAUUCCUCUAUUUCCACUCCAAACUCACGGAGUGUGGCGGACGAUCUAAGGUUGCUGGCGGUCAGCUGGUGUAUACCUAUUCACUGAACUAUACUCCACCUCCACAAGGUUAUGUCAUCAGAGUUCCACCACUCGAUCUUCCCAUCUAUUGCCAUUACAACAGGUUUCUUUACUCGUACAAAGUUGGCUUCAGACCUCAAGUACCCUAUCCGACCUUCAGGAAGACUAUGAGGAGUAAACUUAUCUUCAGCAUCACUGUCUGCAAUGCCCAGUGGGAACCCCUCCCUGCAGGUCACUGGUUCUCUUUAGGGGAACCUGUGUAUUUUCUGGUCCAGACAGGGGCUCUGUUGAAUGGAGAGAGGCUUUAUGUGGAUUCUUGCUAUGCUUCAAGCUCUAAGGAUCCAAACAGCAUGCCCAAAGUGGAUAUUAUUGCUAACUAUGGCUGCAUGACAGACAGCAGGAGAGAAGGCAGCAGCUCCCAGUUCCUCUCCAGUGAGGUCAACAUGCUAAAGUUCUCUGUGGAUUCCUUUCUCUUUAAACCAGUAUCUGAGGUAAGAUCAAAGUCCUCUUUAAUUUGAUGAAAGAUCACAACUAAUUUUGAUUUUACUCUUGACUGAGCAGAUCUCAUUUCACAUUAUAGUUGGGAUGAGCUGUAGUCUAUAGUAGUAUAAAUGUAAGAGGUAUUUGUAGUUUAUCCAAGCAGUCAAAAAACACAUCCAGUCUAUUACUCAAUGAGAAAGACAUCAUGUUUUCUGUAGUACCUCCUAAACAGCUACCAGACUGUAACAUGGGCACAGUGUGACAUAGAUUAUCUUGUGCUUUCCAUCUCUUGUCCCACAGUGGGCUUGUAAGUGACUUCAAGAUGUACUGGUUCUAGAGUAGUGGGAAGGGCUUUGUGUCUUUGACUUAUAGCUCCUUAUUUAACAAAAAUAUCAAUAGAUGGAGUAUUCCUCUGUGGGGAAAAAAGUGUGCACAUCCUUGGAAGCUAAGAUUUGUACUUUUUAGCAGAAAUUACCUCUUGUAAGCAUUUUUUCUUGCUUGACAAGCAAAAUAAAAAACAGGUCAUCGAGAUCUUUA